AUACCGAUUUGUAACAGCUGCAUUGGUGUCACCACUAGCCAUUGGGAUUUCCAGGGCGUUUCAUAGUUUUUUGAAAAAAACAAAACAAAGCACCACCAAGGACACAAUGCUCGUUCUGGUACUCGGGGACCUGCACAUUCCGCACCGCUGCAGCAGCCUGCCGGCCAAGUUCAAGAAGCUGCUGGUGCCCGGCCGCAUUCACCACAUCCUGGCCACCGGCAACAUUUGCACCAAGGAAUCGUACGAUUAUCUCAAAUCCCUGGCCAACGACGUGCACAUAGUGCGCGGCGACUUCGAUGAGAACCUCAGCUACCCGGAGCAGAAGGUGGUGACGGUGGGCCAGUUCCGGAUCGGUCUGUGCCAUGGCCAUCAGGUUGUGCCCCGCGGUGAUCCCGAGGCGUUGGCCCUCAUCCAGCGGCAACUGGACGUGGACAUCUUGAUAACUGGUCACACGUACAAGUUCGAGGCGUACGAGCAUGGUAAUAAGUUCUACAUCAAUCCGGGAUCAGCCACGGGAGCCUUCAACCCAUUGGACACGAAUGUGGUGCCGUCGUUUGUUCUCAUGGACAUCCAGAGCACCACGGUGGUCACAUACGUGUACCAACUGAUCGGUGACGAGGUCAAAGUGGAGCGGAUCGAGUACAAGAAGAUCUAGGCCUAGUAUUAGCCAGGAGCUUAGCCAUUCCUCCUCCUCCAAUCAACUCCUAAGACCCAAGAUCCCCAUCCCCAAUCUCUAUCUCAUUCUGAGCCUGGCUUUAUUCAAGAAAUUGUAAAUGUACGUAGCAAUUAAAGUCGUUCUCAUUUUUUUAUCUGAUAAAAAGUGCUGAAAUUGUAUUAAAAUAGUAAAAUAAAAUAAUGACCGAUGAAGGAUUUAGUUAAUCCAACUUUUAUCUGAUAAAAAAUGUUUAAAUUUUUAUUUAAAUAGAAAUAUAAAAAGGAGUUGCUUCUGAUGAUCGAGUGAAGAGUCUGCUUAAAAAAAGUUUCGAAUUUCGUGCUCAGGUUCGUUACACACUCUCGACAUAAAUACAUUGGGUUCAGUUUUGUUUUUGAUUUCAUCGCUUUUCCAUCGAAAUAAAUUAUAUAAAUACUUUCUAGCCACUAGCCAGGAUAGCGUGGUUUGGCAACAUCCUCAUUACAAUCGCUACUACUCGGGUACGAAAAGUUUGAUCUCAAAAUAUCUGAAUUACGAAAACUUUGCGCUUAAGCCUAAAUACAAUUACGAUUGCUGACUGACUGACUAACUGGCUAAUGCUGCUACAGAUGUUAAUGUUAGUUGG